UCGGCUUAUAAUAAAAAACUGACUUAUAUCUAAGAAGUUGAAUUCACGGUACCGUCAACUAAUAAUCGGACUUAAUAUUAUGCAGUCAAAGUGUUUUUAUAAACCUACUAAUAUUUACUAGUAUACCGAAGUAUAUUUCGACGUCUUUUUAACGCAAUGUUUUCUUCAUGAAACUAUAAUUAAAUAUAAACUCGCUGAAGGUUAGAUAAUACCAAGAUGCAAUAUUAUAGGCACAUUUUUUCCUGAAUCAUAACAUUCAUUUCGUUACUGUCUUGUUUUGAAUCGUUCUGAUUGUGCACUAACACUACCUUUUUCCAGAGGUUUAGUUUUUUAAAAGAAUAUUAGACCUAAGUAAUCAACUGAAAUUUAAUAUGCUACAGAAAACCUGUUGAAUCACAGCUUCAAAUAUUUAGAAACCAUACACCAGUUACUUAACAAUGAAAAAGUAAUAUAAUGAAAAUUUGAAAAUUAAGGUAAAUAUGUUUGCAUGGAGAUUUAUUUUUAUUUAAACUAUAAGAAUGACAAUCAGUAGAAGCCGACUCCACUGAAACUGUAGGGAUAUCCAUUAUCUUCUAUAAGUCGUAACAAAUCCUAAUUAAUUAAAAUUUACAGUUAAGAUAAAUCUUUUUCAUUGAAAUCGUGAAUCGAUCCAAGCUAGUCAACCAAUAAAAACUCAGAAACAUUGGAUGGUCGUUUCAUGACAGUAUGGGACUCUCCAGCAGUGCAUAUCCACGAUCCUGCAUGCUGGAAUCUAACCAUAAACCUUGUUUCACUCUCGAGUACUUAACCACUAGACCACUAAGCCGGUAUCCAAUGCUGUACAAUUAAACUGAGCAAUUUCUACCUAUUGAUAUCAAUAAUUAACAGACACCAAACAUAAUCAAUAACAUUCAUAAUUUGAAAUAAAACUUCAUUGUUCUUAUACCAGUUUGUAUACAAUUAGAAUGAAACCUAUUAUAGUGACUUCCUGUUGGGAUAUUCAGGAAAAUAUCCCAAAAAUUAUCCUGUUAAGCCUAAUGCUAUCCUUGGACAUGGAAUGGUAUCAUCUUAUUGGUCAAUAUUUGUUUAACGUGUCAUUUUCCUACUGGCCAUUAUUGUACAAUGUUAUCUUCUAUUUUAUGGACACUUUUUAUUGAUGGAUUAAAUAUACCGCCAUGUUGGCCAAUGGUUUUAAAACAGUGUACAUCCAAUGAAAAUCUCAUUAUAUCAGAAAAGAAUUAUUACCUAAAAGCUUUUAAUUCUCACAAAUUAUCAAGAGUUUAUGUUGGAGAUAAAAAUCAUUCAUAUCAUCUGUCAAUACAUGUACAACAGAAGUUCCCAAUUAAUAAAACAAUUCAACUUAGUUGUGUAGAAAUUGAAACAUCGGAUGGAUCUGAUUGUGCGCCACUUGUUUGCGAGCAUAUACAGGAUGCAUCAUGGUCAGUUGUGAUAUUCGUUUUAAUUCUACGCUGUUUAGUUAGCUCAGCUCAUGCACCAAUUUCAAAUCUACUAGAUUCAGUAACAUUUUCAAUACUUGGAUCAGGAAAGGCACAUUUCUACGGUAGAUCAAGAGCACUAGGAUCAUUUGGUUUUAUGAUUGGUUCUCUAUUAACUGGUUUUGCAGUAUAUCAGUAUACAUCAAUAAAUUAUCAUCAUACAAUAAAUGAAACAAAUCUGAAUCUUUUAUACUAUACUAAUAAUUCAUUAAAUAUCAACUCAGUGAAUCCGAAUUAUAUACCAGCAAUUAUAAUCGCUUCAUUAUCAGUUGGCAUUGGUACAAUUGCAUCAAUAUUUUGUAACUAUGAUAAUACAAAAUCUGUAGAAACACAUUUUACAAAAGCAUUAACGACAGCAAUACGUUCACCAACAAUGAUUCAAUGUUUAGUGGUUGCAUUUAUGACUGGUUUGAUUAUAUCAUUUGUUGGUGAAUAUAAUUAUCUUAUUCUCACCACGAUCUAUCAUGUACCACAUUAUUUCCUAGGUUUAUUAACAACUAUAGCUAUUAUUGUAGAAAUACCAACAUUAUUAUUUAUUUCAGGUAUCACUGUAAAACGCUUUGGUGUGAUUGCAUGUCAAGUAAUUUCACAAAUCAUGUUAACUAUACAUUUCAUAUUUUAUACUUAUUCAACAAAUUAUUGGUAUCUCUUAAUUGGUGAAAUUGCUUACGGUAUAUCUUAUCCAAUCUUAAUGAAUGCUUUAUUAUUACAAACGGAAAAAGUUAGUUUUGAAAAAAUAAAUGAGAAUUAUCAAAUUUUAGCUAGUUUACAAGCUAUACUAACAAGUACUAUGUAUGGUUUAAGCAGUAGUUUAGGUGGAUUAAUAUGGGGUUUAUUAUUACAAUAUUUUAAAGCACGUACAUUAUUUUUUAUAGCACUUAUUUACACUUCAAUUUGUGCAUUAUUUUUUCCAUUUGUUGCAUAUUAUUUAAACAAAUUAAAAUGUUAAAUAUUUUAAGUGUACUUAGAUUUUCUUCUAGCUCACACUAAUUAAACCUAUUGUGAUUAUAAUUUAUUCAUAAUAAAUAUUAUCAAAUUCAAUGCAAAAUAAACUGUUCUGUAGAGAUCUAUUAUAAAAAUAUAAAUUGGGGUGUUCAGAAAGUGAAAAAAAAAUUUUUGUUUUCUAAACUACAUAUAUUUAUCAUUAGAUGAUUCUAUGUAGAAGAAAAAUUGAUGAAAUAUUUUUCUUUUUGUCAAUAAUUCCUUUUAAUGGACUUUUAAUAAAUAAAUGCGUUUCAUCUGAUCUUUUCAUACAAUUUCCUAAAGAGAAUUUCUACUUAAUUACAACAUGUACAAAUAUUUAAAUUAUGUGAAAUAGACCAAGUAUGAUUGUUUUUUUUUCUUUGAAUUAGGCGCAUUGUUUCUUUAGUAAUAAGAAAAAUGCAUGAACUGAGAUGGUUAAG